AUGUCUAUUCCUGAUGCACUUACAGAGUCAGGCCUCCCGAACAAUGUCGAUGAACCGUUUCUCCCCUCCAAGCAGAUAGACGAUCCGAGGGAAAAGAUACCACCACACAUGCGUCGCCGCCUGCUCGUCUCAUUGAUCGCUAUUCUCCUAUCCUUCCAAAUCGGAGGCCAGAUGAUCGGGGGCCCCAUGGUGCGGGUGAUCGAGAUGAUUGCUUGCAACAACUAUUGGCGUCGGCAGGACCCAGCGCGACUACCCAUGGCCGGCCAUCUGCCAGAACACUUGUGCAAAGCAGCAGAGGUGCAGACCGAGGUUGCCACAGUGAAAGGCUAUUCGGACUUGCUUGAGGGGCUACUCUGCGCCAUCUGCGCCAUCCCUUACGGGCUGUUGGCCGAUCGAUAUGGGCGCCGACGAGCCAUCCGCCUCACUGUGCCUGGAUAUCUGUUGAAUGCGGUCAUCACCAACUCCGUCUUGUGGUUCUCUGAUACCUUUCCCCUCCGGGCGAUUUGGUUUGCCGCAGUCAGUUGGAUCAUCGGUGGCGGGCCAGUGGUAGCAGUCGUUGCAAUCUGGGCCAUGCUGGCCGAUAUCACAACCGACGCGCAGCGCGCAACACUAUUCUUCCGCAUCGGACUCGCCAAUCAAGUGACAAGUUUUCUUGCCAGCCUGAUCAGCGCCGGACUCAUGGCCGUCGAUCCUUGGAUCCCCUUGCUGAUCGGUUGCGGGGCUGUGACCAUGGGCUUAGGGUGUGCGCUUUCACUUCCAGAGACCAUGAAUCUGUCGGUCAAGACAACAGCAUCGCCAGAGCCGGGCUUGGGGCCGUUAGGGACCUCCGGUGAUACAUCAUUCGUGGAGCCCGUAUGCACAUCACGCCCAUGGCCAGCAACAAUCACGCGUCUCGUGCAACCAUACCUCUUUAUCUGCCACCCCCGGUUGCUCUUGCUUCUAUGCGCUCUGAGCACGGGCGAGCUCGCGCAGCGCUCCUCUUCGUUUCUCACACAGCACAUCUCGACUCGCUUUGGCUGGACCUUAGCGCAAGCGCAUUUCCUGGUCUCCUUCUACGCGGCGGUUACCAUUCUCGUGUUUCUUGUUCUGCUUCCGUACCUGUCCAAGAGGAUCUUGCGUCAUCUUUCUCUUCCCAUGAUCGAGCUCCAGAUUGCCCGUCUCAGCACUAUCACUCUGCUCUUGGGGUCAAUUGGGAUUGGCACUUCGCCAUCCGUCCUGGUCCUGGUUUCAAGCUUGUCGGUCUACGCUACCGGGGCCGGGUUUGCCCUGGCCAUCCGGUCUCUCGUCACGGCACUGGUCAAACAAGAGGAGACCGCACGGCUCUAUUCAGCGGUCGAGUUGGUCCAGUACGUGGGGACUAUCCUGGGUAGUCUGUGCUUUACAAAUGUUUUCCGGCUGGGAAUCAACUCCGGUGGGUUAGGGUCGGGGUGGGUCUGGGUCUUGGGCAGUCUGCUUUACGCCUCGGUGGGCGUAGCGCUUGCAUUUGUACGGGUAUAG